GCGUAAGCCUUGUCAUGGAUCCGUCACACCAGCGUGUUGAGCAGUCUCAGGUAACUCUUCCUCGCGACGAUGAUAACGAAGGUACGGAGUCUCCUGAUGUGAUAGUAGGAAACUGCGACAUGGUUGUUGAAUUAGGAUUGGGAUGUGGAACCGUUUUUAUUGAGAAUAUAGAUAGUGAUGUUGAUGAUGUUAACAACCUCAAUGAUUUUGAUGAACCUGAUGACGAUGAUCUUGAGGUUCACGGUAUCACAUCGAUGGGAAGUGAGAUUCGGUUGAUUACAAUCGAAUCUGGAUCUGAUGAUGAUGAUGAUCAUGAGAAUGAGAGGGAGGUGUGGGGGAUUGAUUUGAAUGAUGAUGAUGAUGUUAAUGAUGAUGAUGAUGAUGAUGAUGAUGUGAAUGUGACUAUACCUCUUUGUUGGGAUUCACUCCAAGUAGAAGAUCGUGGAGUAGCUGCUGAGGAGUUUCAUUGGGAAGAAGUUUAUGGUGGUGGUGGUUUAGUGGAUGAAAGUGAGAAAUCAGAUGGAGGAAGACGAUGAGCCCUAAUUGUUGGAAAAAUAUGUUGUUUAUCUUAUACUUGGGCUGGGCUCUUGUUUUCCAUGAAACAUAAUAACGAAAUACCAAACACAUAUAAUGUGAAUGAGAAGCCCAUUCAAUGAAAACAAAACACGACGAAACAGGUUAAGAGGGUGGACACGUGGCGCGCGUACAGGAGACGAAUUUCCAGGCUGGAUCCGACGUGGAGGCACAGGAGAGAGACAAACAAUAUUUUAUAUAUAUAGAUAUAUAUAUAUAUAUAUAUUCUUAGAAUCUAAACUAAGCGCAGAUUCAUACAUAUUUUAACGGAAACUUUAUUUGACAUAUUUUUAUUUGAAAUUUGCAUUUUAAGAUAUAUUAAAUUUGUUGGGAUAUUUAAAUUACAAGACAUUUUGUAGUUUUUAUUUUAACAUGCAUUAAAUUUGUUGGGAUGUGUUCAAUUGUCAAAACUUAAGGCUCUUAUAAAGCUGGAGUCUUUAUAACAAAAUAAUUACUAAAUCCCUCUGUUUUAAAUCAUAUGUAAAUUACAUGUUUAAAAAAAAUUAUAGGUAAUUUUAGUUAAAAGUUCCAAUAUUAAAAAAUGGAAAUUUGUUAAAAGUAUCAUUUAAUAUAUAAUUUCAACCAAUUAGAAAAAGUCUACAUAAUUUAAUUGGUCACACAAUAUCCAUAAAUACAAAAGUUACAUUGAAAUAUUAAAACCACUUAUAUUUGUGAAGCGAAACUUAUUUUGCUAAAACUAAUUAUAACAUGAAAUAGAGGGAAUAAUAUUUAGUUCAUCAGUUAGUUUCAUUCUGAAACAUCGAACUAUAAAUACAAAUAAAAAAUAUGAGACACAAUAAUAAAUCUGUACAGUUUUUGUUUUUUCUUUUUUGGUCUAACAGUUUUUGUUUUUGUUUUCAUGUGGCUAUCAUUCCUCUGAUUCAUUCAAUUGUCUUUUGUGUUUUUCGUAUGGCUUUACAAUAUUAAAAGAUGUCUUCUCCUACUUAUAUGUAUGCCGUCUUUCUGCGAAGACAUGCUUGUGAUUGUUUUUAAUUAAUAUUUGUGUUUUAUUUGUGAUUGUUUUUAAUUAAUAUUUGUGUUUUAUGUUCCAUUAACGUUCCCGUGAGUUGGCUGGAAAAUUACUGUUCAGCCCUUCUGUCCCAUAAUCGGUUUCUAUUUCUAUAUAUCAUUUCUUGUUCUUGGUUUGAAAGAUGUCCGGAUCCAGCCAAAAACUUGACAACAGAUGCAAACUAUUAAAAAAAGGAAAAUUCAAUAGAAUACGAUAGAUAUCUACAUUUCUUAAUAACAGGGAGAUUUUCUAGGUCUAAAAACUAAUUCCACAAGGCAUUGCAUCCGGGUACACAACUAAUCCAUUAAUAUAGCACUGCUAUGUGGUCAAGGUGAAUUGAACCCAUGAAAGAACAAUCUGUGACAUGCAAUCAAAAUGUUGUAUGUUUUCUUGUUGCAGAUCCUGAAACUUUGACAUUCAGACUGUAACUUGCAACAUGUGACAGUAACUUGCGACGUGUGUUUAUGUGCUGUUUAUUUUGUUGAUGAAUGUAUCCGCGACAUGCGACAAAAUUUAAUUUUAGCCACUAAUUUUUUCAACAAUUUAAAAUCGUGACUUGCGUGGUCGCGUUAUUUUUUAUAUUCCUUCUAAUAUUCUAGUUCAAAUAUAUUUAACUCUGGAUUUUUUUAAAGAUAUUUCACUGAAAAUAAAGUGCAUUUUAUUAACACAUGUAACUAAACCACUUCUCUUAAAGCAUUCUAGAUAUAUCACAACUCACUAGGAUGUUUCACAAAAAUCUUUUUAUCUUGUUGGAAAUCUUUGGAUAUUCAAAAAAAAAUCACUUGUUCCCUUUACAUUUUUACUAGGUAAUAACAUGCGCCUUGCGCGGAAUGUGAUUAUUAGUUUCGUUAUUUUUUAAUAAGGAGAUAUUAAUCUGUUUAA